AUGUAUACGAAUUGUGAUUCAAUGCUUAACAAAAAAGAAGAAUUAAUUGCUCGAGUUAAUCUAGAUAAUCCUGAUUUCAUUCUGUUAACAGAAAUGUUGCCAAAGAAUGUGGCUACGACUGUGGAUUUUGUUAAUUUGUGUAUCAAGGGCUUCCAGUUAUUUGUUUCUCCUAAUUGUUCUCGCGGAACUGGAUUAUUUGUUAGGGAAGGUAUUUCUGUUUCGGAAGUUUGUUUUAAUGAGUUUGUGGAGUCGGUGUGGGUCAAAGUGAACCUUCGUGUUAAUGAGAGUAUUUUAAUUGGUUGUGUUUAUCGAAGUCCAAAUAGUUCGAAUAAUAAUAAUCUGUUACUUUUGGAAUUACUAAAGAAGGCUGAUGAUUUCAAUGUUGACCAUGUAGUAGUGGUUGGUGAUUUUAAUUACAAGUUUAUUAAUUGGGAAACAAUGGAGGUUCCUAUGGAAAAACAUUCUAGAGAUUUUCUUGAGUGUACUGAUGAUCUUUUUUGGUUUCAACAUUGUAAGAUUGCUACUAGAUUUCGAAAUGAUAAUGAACCCAGCACAUUAGAUUUAGUCUUCUCCAAUGAUGAGAGUCUAAUUAUAAAUUUAAAAUGUACCCCACCAUUAGGUCGCAGUGAUCUUGUUGUGUUAACGUUUGAGAUUGAUUGUGAUUAUUAUGUAGAAGACCCUCCUGUGGUAAGAAAUUACUACAAAGGGGAUUAUGAUGGUAUGAGAAAAUAUAUUGAAGAGUUGGAUUUAAUGCAGUAUUGCAGGUCUUUAAGCGUUCAGGAAUUAGCCUUACUUAUUGAAAGUACUAUUCAAGAAUGUACUGUUAAAUUUGUCCCAUUAAGAUCCAGGACUUCUAAUAAUAGAAAACCGUUGAUGAAUAGGGAUGUGGAAAAAGCAAUUAAACGAAAGCAUAAAGCAUGGAAUGUUUUUCAGAAUAGAAGAGAUAUAGAAUCUCGUCAGGAAUAUGUGAGGUGUAGAAACAAAGUUACUGCAGAGAAAUUUAAACUUAAUGUUAGGAAAAAGGCAUUCGUUGUUCGAGUUACUGACGAUUGGAACUCCCUUCCUAGUAAUGUGGUAAAUCAGAGUUCAGUAAAUCUUUUUAAAGCGGGCUUAGAGAAAGUCUGGUCUGGCCACCACUUUAAAUUUUGCCCGUAUAUGACCGAAGAGGAUUCGAUAGUGAUUGAGGGACAAAUGAGCUUUGAUCUCUAA